AUGGCAUUGCUGAUUGGUGGGGGCCUUCUUUUCAUAUCAGCCACUACAGUAGAAGAACUUGUAUUAGAAGGUGAUCUAAAUUAUCAAGAUGACACAGUUCUUGUUCUACUUCCAGCGAUAUUUUCGUUGUUUGCCAAGAAUACCUUACGAGUAGCUACGCCGUUACUUUUCAUCCACGCAAUCAAAACUUUUCCAACUGGAAUAAGGUGUCUCAUGCUGGGAACGUGCGUGUUUUGGUUACAUGCUGCUGAACUUAUUGCACCCCAUUUAACUUGGCUUAGUGACCACACCAUCCCUUAUAUACCGCUAACAGUUUGCGGUAUCCUCUUGAUUAUUUCUGGCGGCUUAACUCUAACACUUCCAGCCUGUCAAAAGCGUCCUCUACCGAACACUUUAAACGAGGCCGAAGAGAUGGAGUAUAAUUAUUCAAUGCAUGCAUCAAUGAACAAGAACCGAUACUGCAGCCAAGACCACUCAAACUCUUUGUUCUUUAUGAGCUCCCAGAGCACCAAUGACAUUCGUCAAGGUGAAAUUGACGCUCUUCGGAGGGAAGCAUAUCAUACUAAAGAUGUCCAAAUAGAAGAUGAAGAGGAACAGUCCUUGCAGUAUUCAGAAACGAUCUUCCCUGUAAAAGGUAGUGUUUUUUUCGGCUCUCUAAGAUAUGCCAGGCAUGAAGGUAUGCACGAGCCACGUGACGACCAAGGUGAUUCCCAAUCUAGACUAACGGACCUAGAAGACGAAUUAACAAAGGUAUGGGAACUGAAUAAACAUCACUCUGCCCCUGACACGAAGGAAGAAGGACCAUCCAAGGAUCUAGAUGUAUUUUUUGGCUCUAAUCGUCGAGCAGACUGGGGGAUAGGCGAAACAAAUUUCUAAAUAGUUUUUCAAUGGCCUGUUUUACUGGAGAUUAGCCAUUUGCAGAUAGCUUGACAUUUUUCUGACCAGAACUUCUGGAGUUAGAAACUUGUGGUGACAAGUGACAAAGAAGAGUACACAACACAUAACUUUUCGGAAUAUUUCAUGUAUAUUAGUGGUUUCAAAGCGAUGAUUAAUAAGUUGUUUUAUGCAAUUAGUGCUUACCUAGUAUGUGACCAAAAUGGACGAAUAUGAAGGUCACUACAAACCUCCCUCCACCCACUUUCCACCAAGAUAAUACAAUAGCUGCAGGUUAUCUCUACAUACUUACAACGGUACUUUUAAUGUGAGUCGUGAAACGUCACAACCUGCUAAAUAAUGAUGUUACUCAUGAUAUAUCACCAGACUUAGCUCUACCCCGAAGAUCAGGCAAUAAUAACGAACAGUCUACUUGAUAUUUUUGUUUUCUCUGGGCAACAUAAUAAACUAAUGUUUUGCUUAAUC